CGGCCGGCCGCCGGAGCGGGGCGAAGGACGCGUAAGGGUACCUACGCGUAACGCAGUGCCAUUUCGUCCAUCGAAUCCGUCGCGGAAAACACGUUUUGCUAACCACCGCGAACCUUAGCCGUGCGCAGACGUCAAUCAACUUUUCGUGUUCUUCGGUUAUCCCAUCGCAAUUUCCUUCGCAAGUAUGUCGGAAAAACGGACAUUGUUGAGCCGUCCCCGGACCCGGGUAUACGAUUGCAACUAUAACAUCGGUGAGGGCUAUUACAAGCCCAUGAUGGACCAUCUGGACCGCAAGUAUUACGGCGGUACGGCCACGCCGGCCGCGUCCAAGCCCGGUAGCGGAUUGUUCGAGAGCAGUCCCAAGAGCUUCUUCGGAUCGUCCGGGUCACCUUCGGCUUUCGAGGAGUACAGGUCCUCGUCGCCGAUCCGUUCGCGGCGCAGCGAAUCCGACUCGAGGCUGUCGUUGCCCGACGACGAAUUUGAACAAGAGGUGUCAGCGAUGCGUAAGGCUCGGGCUGCCAAGGCGGCGGCCGCGCGGACGGCCUCGCUGGAGAAGGAGUUCGAGUCGGCGUUCAACGGGUUCGGGACGGACGGCAGGCCGAGGGCGCGUCUCAACUACACGGACAAGGUACUGGACUCGGUAGGCCUGAACAGCAGGUCGCAGGAGGCGCUGGAGCAGGAGAUAUUCAAGAAGCGCACCAAGUCGUUCUACCAGGACGCGGAAGACGUGGUGGCCGCGGCGGAACAGCAAGCCAAGAACCGACGGUCGGCCGCGUUCAAGGCGCAGUUGCAGGACGCAGAGGAUGAGCGGUCCGCGGACGAACUGGCGGCCGCGGCUAGGGCUCGCAAGUCCAAGGCUCGUCUGGUGGACAUUCAGAACGAGUUAGACGGCAUCGUGGAACGGGACGCGGCUCGGCAGCUGCGGUCGGCCAAUCUGAGAGCGCUGUUCGCGGACAACGAGGCGCUCACUGAGUCGGUCAGCUCAUUCAAGAAGAAGUCAUCCAAGAAGGUGUCGUUCUAACGCAAUCAAUAAAAACCGAUUAAAAACCACAGCGACAACAAUAAUACCUAUAGUUUAUCGAACAGAAUAUACAUUAUGUAUACUAUAUACGCGCGUGGCGGACCACAUUCGUUUUUCACGCUGCAUAUAUAACACAUAAUGUGUAUUUACGUACUUCUUGUAUUGUACUCUCACCUGAAGUCUUAUUUAUUUAUUUAUUUUCAUGUCAUAUAUAUAUAUAUAUAUAUUGAUACAUAUCAAACGUGUAUUCAUGGAGGGGCAGGGGUUCAAACCUCUACCGAAAUUCAGGAAAAUUAUUAAACAUGUUUUUAUAAAAUAGUAAAAAUGAUAUAUUAAUCAUAUAAUUAUGAAACUAAAACUUCUCCCGAAAUAAUUUUUUCUGUACGCGCUGAUACAUAUUGUAUUGUAAUUUGAUAAUUCGGCAUUAGUAGCGUAAUACAUUUAACGUAUGCGUGCUGAUUAAUACCUGGUAAACUAAAGUACGUAAUAAUAUACAUAUAUAUGUACUUCAAACAUAGGUUUAGUAAUUUAUUUUACCCGGUAUCGUUUUUUUUUUCUUUUAAAUAUUGUACUGGUUUUUUUUUUACCGAUAACGAAAUCGGUAGACUUAUACGUCAACGGCGUCGAAUUGUGUUCGGUUUCUUAUACUCCUUCGUCUUCUUUUAUUUUGCAUUUGUAUUUAGUUCUAGGAAUACAUAUUUUACAACGGAUAUUAUUAUAAUAAUACGCGGUGUUCGACGUCGGUUAAAAAUGUUUAAUACAUGUACACAGUGUACGACUUAAUAUCGUGUUCAAAUCGGCAUUAUAAUAUUAAGUCAUGUAAAUACUGUACUAUCUUUUCGAUCACGUAUUUUUUUGUUUAAUUGUGUUAACGGUCUAAUGCCACGAGUGAAAAAUUAUAUUGUGUUGUGUAAUGAAUAGUCGAAAUAUAUUAAAUAGUCAAGAAUUUUUUAUUGAA